UCUCGGGACCUCCUCCAUCCCCCUCGCACCCACACAGGCUAUCCCGGCGAACCUUUUCGCACAAACCGGGACCCUAUAUAAGGCCUACAGGUAACUGCCCAAGGUAGACCCUUGCGGGACGCCGAAUCGUUCACACCUGUACUCGCCGCGAGCAGAAAUGGCCGCCGAAACUUACGGACACCGACUUAUCUACGAGAAAGACAUGUUCGCGUCUGACGUGAUGCUUGAGUAUUCGACUGAGGAGUGCUACUUGUCCUGGCCGAGGUCUCCCGACUCUGGAAGGUCGAGCCUGGAGCCUACACCUUCAAUUGAUGGCAGUAUCAAUCAAGAUUCUUCGCAUAUCGCGUAUAGAGGAUUGUCGCGCGAUGUUUUGGAAGACAGUGCUGAAGAUAAUGAGGUUUUGGAGUCAGGGAAGAGGCGUGGGCGUGCGACUAGUGCUGCAGUGUUGAGGAGGAGGCGCCUCGCUGCUAAUGCGAGGGAGAGGCGGAGGAUGCAGAAUCUUAACAAGGCGUUUGACAGGCUCCGAGGUCAUCUGCCCUCGUUGGGCGCUGAUCGUCAGCUGUCCAAGUACGAAACCCUGCAAAUGGCUCAGACCUACAUAUCAGCCCUGUACGAGCUUCUACAGUAAGUUGCACACAAAACAGCCGCUAUUUGCCAAAUUAGAUUUAACUACAGGGAUAUUUAUUUUAAGUUUAAGUACCGGAAUACUCGUUACCACUUAGGUUAAUCAGCUUCAAGUUUUUCCGUUCAAAAUUAACUUUUAAAGUGUCGGGUUACUGUAUCGUGUUACGUUUAAAAUCUUACGCUUAUUAUUUUUUAUAUUGUAUUUUGGGUAAGUUUUUUCGCUCUUUACUUUAAAGACUGUGUUUACAUUGUGUA